AUGGUGGUCGAAACGCGACGGGGUAAGAGGAAGGAGAAUCCAACGGAGGAAGAGGCUACGAGAGUGAAGUUUGCAAAGACGGGCUCCAGAGAAAAUGUGGAGAAGACGACGACGGAGGAGAGUGAAACGAGGGCGGUGAAGGUUGUGGAAUCGACGGCAAAGACGAUGGAUGAAUCGACGGCAAAGAUGACGGAUGUCUCGAUGGAGAAGACGAAGACGACGGAGAAGACGAGAAAGGACUUGUCUGAGAAUAUGGCGGAGAUGACGGAGCCGUUUAAUGUGGUUGCAGAAGCUGCUCCGACGACACUAAACAAAGGUCCUGGAGAUGAAGAGAAUGAGGAAACCGCUUCUGGAGAUGAAGAGAAUGAGGAAACCGCUUCUGGAGAUGAAGUGAAUGAGGGUUCUGAAGAAGAACAAGAAAAACCAGAUGGAGAGAAGAAGAGUUCUAACGAGGACCAUGAAGAUUCUGAAGAAGAACCUCUAGAUGGAGAGAACGAAGUGAAUGCACGUUCGGAAGAAGAACAAGCAAAUGGAGAAGGAGAAGAGGAAGCAAACGAAAAUGAGAAUCCACUUGAACCUCAGGAUUUGGAUGGAAAUGAGGCACUCGAGGCAAUCAAACCAACCAUAAUGUUCUUCAAGCCAUCUGAGUACAAAAAAAAAAAAAGGCUAGGGACGAGGUGCAUGAUAGCUAGUGCGAUUAAGACGCUAAGCAAUCUGAAACCGAAGCUGUCUAACGCGGAGUAG